AUGGGUCUUCUAGCUCUGGGAACCCCUCUGCCUUGGAAUGAGGCAAAGCGAUAUGCGGACCAUGUCCGCUACCACGGCAUCACCCAGUUCCUCCAUACAUGGAAUAGGCUGAAGGAGAGGCAAGGGGACGAAUUGCUUUGGGGCGACGAGAUUGAAUACAUGGUCGUCGUCCUUGAAGAUGCCGCCAAGUCUGCGAGACUAUCUUUGCGCCAGACUGAAAUACUCGACAAACUCAGCCGCAUCGUAGAUAACAUUAGUUCGGAAUGCCCAAAGUCCAUUUCCGUACCGACGUUCCACCCGGAAUACGGGCGCUAUAUGUUGGAGUCUACACCUGGGUCACCGUAUACCGGCUCCAUCCCCGACAUCCUGUCCGUAGAGGCCAAUAUGCGCUACAGGCGCAAUUUGGCUCGCAAACACUUGAAGUCAAAUGAAGUUCCCCUCACGCUGACCUCUUUUCCGCUAUUGGGGAUUCCAGGUCAAUUUACGGAGCCGUACUAUGACCCUGUUGGCGCUAUAUCGAGCCAUAGUUUGUUUCUUCCUCAGGAAAUAACAAAUCCGCAUGCGCGGUUCCCGACGCUUACGGCGAAUAUUAGACAGCGACGGGGCUCCAAAGUUGCCAUAAAUCUGCCAUUGUUUGUAGACGCUAAGACGCCUCAACCAUUCGUAGACCCUGCGAUCCCAUGGGAGCGCGACAUAUACCCAGAGGAUUCAGAUGCGAAGAACGGAGCGGCCCUUGCAGACCACAUUUACCUCGAUGCAAUGGGCUUUGGCAUGGGAUGCUGCUGCCUCCAAUUAACGUUCCAAGCUUGUAAUAUCGAUGAAGCCCGACGAAUGUACGAUGCAUUAAUACCCAUAAGUCCUAUCCUCCUUGCUUUGACCGCUGCGAGCCCCGUAUGGCGUGGAUACCUUGCUGAUGUUGACUGUCGAUGGAACGUUAUUGCCGGCAGCGUCGACGAUCGUACUGACGAAGAACGCGGAUUAAAGCCUUUGAGAAAUAGCCGUUUUAGAAUUCCGAAGUCACGCUAUGACAGCGUCAGCCUCUAUAUUUCCAACGACUGGAAAAAUAGACCGGAUUACAACGACAUUUACACUCCUUACGAUGAGGCGAUUUUCAACCGUCUGAAAGAUAAUGGAGUUGACAGUUUGCUGGCCAAACAUAUUUCUCAUCUUUUCAUCCGCGAUCCUCUCGUCGUGUUCACCGAAACCAUCGAUCAGGACGACAAGUCCAGCACCGACCACUUCGAGAAUAUACAAUCGACGAACUGGCAGACCAUACGUUUCAAGCCUCCUCCCGCCAACUCUCCAAUAGGCUGGCGUGUGGAGUUUCGCAGUAUGGAAGUCCAGAUGACGGACUUCGAGAAUGCGGCUUUCGCUGUGUUCGUGGUGCUCCUUACACGAGCAAUCUUAAGCUUUCAUCUUAAUUUCUAUAUCCCCAUAUCGAAGGUAGAUGAAAACAUGGCCAGGGCCCAGCUGCGAGGUGCCUCUGCGUUGGGAAAGUUCUACUUCAGGAAGAACGUUCACACUCAAGGCAACAGCGGCCCGUCCAGUGGAUCGGCUUCGCCUGUCAAUGGCAACGGUUCUCAUCCAGUGAAGGAGAAGAAGUUGAGGAAUUGUUUCCCUGCGCCACCACACCCGGAGAAUGGUAUCAACCAUGAACCCGUGGAAAGUGAAUACGAAGAGAUGUCGAUGAAGGAAAUCAUGACUGGCAAGGGAACAAACUUUCCGGGACUGCUGGGAUUAGUAUCAGAAUACCUGGACACUCUAGAUAUUCCAACCGAUGAAUUGCGGAAAAUCAACGCGUAUUUGGACUUUAUCCGUUUGAGGUCUACAGGACAACUGCAAACACCGGCCUCAUGGAUCCGAGACUUUGUGCGUUCGCAUCCCGAUUAUAAGCAGGACUCGGUCGUUAGCCAGGCGAUAAACUAUGAUCUAUUGGUUGCUGUUGACGAGAUUGAACGGGGAGUGCGUAGUGCUCCUAGCCUUCUACCGAAGAAGUAUAGAGGAGGCCAUGCUGACCAAGGUUCAAUUGGAAUCUAA